AUGGAUGGCUUCUUAGUUGUGGGAGAUACAUUUGAAGCAUGUCUUGAGCACCUUGGUAGAGUAUUGCAAAAAUACGUCGAAACAAACCCUGUUUUCAAUUGGAAAAAGUUUCACUUCAUGGUGAAAGAAGGCAUUGUAUUAGCGAACAAGAUCUUGGGAGAUAGUAUCCAAGUUGAUCAAGCCAAAGUACAGGUUAUUGCAAAGUUGCCUACUCUCAUUUCAGUUAAAUGUGUUCAAAAUUUCUUGGGUCAUAUAGUUUCCACCGGGUUUAUAAAAUAUUUUUCCAAGGCGUAUCCCCUUUCUAAGCUACUUGAGAAGGAAAACAUCUUCCAUUUUGAUGAGGCUUACUUGAAGGCCUUUUUGUGUCUUAAGGAGAAGCUCAUUUCUUCCCCAAUUAUAAUUGCUCCAGAUUGA